GUACACUACAGUAACGCCCAUCAUAGUGAUGUCCGGAGGGCAUAUUUGUACAAUUUAUGCCUUUAGUGACCCACCAGGUUCGAGUAAACCAGCAAAAUAUAAGGUUUAUGGUAUUGGAGAAGAGACUUACAUUUUAAGUCCAGGAGGAACACACACAAGGGAGGAGACAAGGACCAGGGGACAUGGAGAAGCAACCAGAAGAUGACUUUGACGACAACAGAGAUUUUUGAACGGAGAAACAAACGUUCGGUAUAAGCAAUCCAGUGCUGGCAUCAUCUUCCACGGAUCCGCCCCCAGUCUCUCCCGCAUCAGGACAAUCACUCGCAUCCCUAGAGCGUCAGCACGCCACAGCACAUUGCUUCGGAUCCAGACCACUCCAGCUCCAACAAGGCUUGAAGCUUUGACAAUACAGUGAUGGAGAGCUUGCUUGAUAACCCCAUGAAAGCCGUGCUUUAUCUCAAAGAGCUGACCACCAUUGUACAAAACCAGCAGAGUCUGAUUCAAACCCAGCGGCAGCGGAUAGACGAGCUCGAAAGGAAGGUUGAGGAUCUCAUCGGCGAGAAUCGGCAGCUGAGAGAUCCGCAUCAAUACCACCACCAUCAUCCGCACCACCACCACCCAGCACCGCGUACCAGCAGCCCUCAGCCGGGCACACAUCCACACCAGCAUCAGGCGACUCACGGUCAACCCCAGCAGCCGCCACCUCCACCGACGCAGCAGCAGCAACAGCAGCACCCGUCAAAACAGGCGCAGCAUCCCCCGGCAGCACCAAUACAUCACCCGCAGCAUCUGCAGCUUGUUCCUACAUCCCCACCGUCUCUCAAACCGGCCCAGUCUAGCCCGGAGUCGGCGGAGGACGAGAAGAGGAGCCCGCCUUGCAAGUCUUUGGUUCCGCAGACACCAUCGACACUGUGCCGGUCCGUCGGGCUGGCGAGGAAACCCGAGAACCAGACGGUUCUGCACCAGUUCUGCUGUCCAGCUCCGGAUGCCCCUGAGUCCGACUCUCAGGCCUGUGUCCCUAGCAGUGAAGAGCCACCAUCCCCUCCUUGCACUGCUACACCUUCCCCCGUGGAAAAUGUAUCGCCCACACCUUGCACUCCUGAUAACAGUGCAACCCAGCCAGAGGUUCAGGUGACUCCUCAAGUUGCAGAAAGCACCACAUCGUCUGUAGAUGAAGGAGGGGGAGAUGGAGAUGGAGGUGGAGCUCCAGAGACAGGGAGUGCACAGGUGGACGAGGAAGAGGUGGAGGUACAGGAAAUAGAACAGGAAGAAGAAAAACCCCAGGUGCCUCAGCAACCACAACUGGAACAAGAGGAGGAGAAAAAAGAGCCAGAGGAGCAAGAGAGGGAAGCAACGUGUACGGGAGGUGCGGGAAGGAGGCCGAGCUUGCAUCACACUGCCUCACCAAUCAGAGUACAGAGGAAUGGAACGUGCUGCCACUCCACAACCUCGGACUAUGAACUCUCGCUCGACCUCAAAAACAAGCAGAUCGAAAUGUUAGAGCACAAAUAUGGGGGCCACCUAAUCUCACGCCGUGCCGCCUGCAAAAUCCAGACGGCCUUCCGCCAAUACCAGCUCAGCAAAAACUUUGAGAAGAUACGAAACUCCCUCCUUGAAAGUCGCUUGCCACGCCGUAUCUCCCUGCGAAAGGUGCGCGUGCAAAACACAGAGGGGAUCUCGGCUGAACGGGCACUGGCUGAAGGCUGUAAUCUUGCAAGUAUCCCGCUGGUCCGGUCGCCAUCCCUGCCCAACACAGUGGGCGGCACUCUAACUGAUCUGGAGGAUUCCUUCAAUGAGCAAGUCCAGUCUCUUGCCAAAUCAAUUGAUGAUGCGCUCAGCAACUGGAGCAUGAAAACUAUGUGUUCUCUUCAAGAAAACUUCGGUACAGUUGGUGGCAAAUCCGUGAUGGCGGGGUCGGUCCGAGAAGGUGACCCCAUAAACCCUGUUACACUUCAGAGUGAAACCAUCCCUGUAGACAACUCCGAGAAUUUGACCCUUAGUGCAAGCAAGUUAAUGAUGGCCUUCCGGGAUGUGACUGUACAAAUUGAUAGCCAGAACUUUCGCAUGUCCUCUUCCGUUAUGGAAUCCUCCACUUCAGUCUCUCUUGGUAAUUGUGUCCAGCAGGGGGGCACAAUUACGGGGAACCUACAGCAAUCUCCAGUUUACGAUGCAAAGGAACAACCGCCACAAGGACUACCACCGCCGCCACCACCUCCACAGGAUCCACCUCCUGCACCUCUAGAGCUGGAUUCUGAGGAAGUACCAGAUGGGGACUUUCCAGCCCCUCCACCAAGUGAGGAGGAACUUGGGGAGGAGCCGUCACCACUGGUGUUUGAGAAAAAAGAAUCUCCAGAAGCAACCAUUCUGACACAGACAGUAAUAACCUCUGAUAACUUGUCUCCGCCAGAGAUGGCAGAGACACCGGUCGACCCAACUGUGGAGGUUCUAGAAGCUAAACGUAUUGAGUCAGACCUUGCGGACAACAGCUCAGAACAGAUGAGCAGUAGCAGUACAUCCACUUCAGCCCGGUCUGCUUCAGAGGUCUCAUCCAAAGAGGCUCUGCAGGCUAUGAUCCUGAGCUUGCCAAGAUACCAUUGCGAGAACCCAGUUAGUUGCAAAUCUCCGACCCUCUCCACUGAUGUCAUGCGGAAACGCCUGUAUCGUAUUGGUCUCAACCUCUUCAACAUAAAUCCCGACAAAGGCCUUCAGUUUCUCAUCUCUCGUGGUUUCAUUCCUGAUACACCCAUAGGAGUGGCGCACUUCCUGCUCCAAAGGAAGGGGUUGAGCAGACAGAUGAUUGGCGAGUUUCUUGGCAACAGCAAGAAGCCCUUCAACAGAGAUGUGUUAGACUGUGUGGUGGAUGAGAUGGACUUCUCAGGGAUGGAAUUGGAUGAAGCUUUAAGGAAGUUCCAGGCCCAUAUCCGUGUGCAGGGUGAGGCACAGAAAGUGGAAAGGCUGAUAGAAGCAUUCAGUCAGCGUUACUGUAUGUGUAACCCAGACGUGGUUCAGCAAUUCCACAAUCCUGAUACCAUCUUCAUCCUCGCGUUCGCCAUCAUCCUGCUUAACACAGACAUGUACAGUCCCAACAUCAAACCAGACCGCAAGAUGAUGCUGGAAGACUUCAUCCGCAACUUAAGGGGCGUUGAUGAUGGGGCUGAUAUACCUCGGGACAUGGUUGUGGGAAUCUAUGAGCGUAUUCAACAGAGGGAGCUUCGCUCGAAUGAAGACCACGUCACUUACGUCACAAAGGUUGAGCAAAGCAUUGUGGGAAUGAAAACAGUUCUCUCGGUACCUCAUAGGAGACUGGUGUGCUGCAGUCGACUGUUUGAGGUAACUGACAUCAACAAAGCCCAGAAGCAAGCUGCUCACCAGAGAGAGGUCUUCCUCUUCAACGACCUACUUGUGAUUUUAAAACUGUGUCCAAAGAAGAAGAGUACAGCUGCUUACACUUUCUGCAAGGCUAUGGGUCUACUGGGCAUGCAGUUUCACCUGUUUGAGAACGAAUACUUUCCUCAUGCGAUCACCAUUGUGUCUCCAUGUUCGGGCUCUGACAAGAAACAGGUGUUGAAUUUUUGUGCUCAGAGCGCUGAAGAGCUGCUGAAGUUCGUCGAGGACCUAAAGGAGUCCAUCACCGAGGUGUCAGAGAUGGAGCAGAUACGUAUUGAAUGGGAGUUGGAGAAACAGCAAGGUGCCAAAACUCACGCCAUCAAGAACAACGGGACACAGCUUGAGUUGAGAGGAAGACAAGGUUCUCUUUCAGGCAAACAGGAGGUGAACACAUUACAGGGUGGACACAAUGCAGUAGAGGUGUCAAUUCACAACAGGCUUCAGACGUACCAGCUCAACGCGGCGCCGCCGAGCCCUGAGAGCGUCGCCCUUCUCAACCACCAGAGAGAGCUUUUCCAGCAGCCUCCGUUGCAAUGUGCCAGUCCCUCACCCGUGCACUCUCACCAGCCCGUGGCCCUGGCCGAGAUACGACCCGACACGCUUAUCCAGUGCCAGCAAAUCGUCAAGGUCAUCGUCUUGGACAAAGGCGGUCACGGACGCAUGGAGGCGUUCCUCAGCCAGAGCCCCACUCAUCACCAGCUCAUCCAGUCUGUGGUCUCCACGCCGGUGCAUUCUCCUGACGGGGGAAGCAACCAGGGGGGGAAAGACGGUUCACAGCCCCCUCUACCUCCACCACCACCCCCAUAUAACCACCCCCAUCAAUACAUACCCCCAGAUCCCCGUCUUGCACUGCAGAGGACCGCAAGUGGCUCUCGUAGCCUAAUAUAGAGUUAAAACCAACAUAGUUUAAAUAAAAAACUAAGAACUAAAAAACACUCUGGGGCACUUUUGACCAUAUUUAUCUAUAUGUGUAUAUAUAUAAAUGAAGGAAAUAUAAUGAAAAAAUGCUAUCUAUAUGCAUACACUAUAUUUAAGGUAACACAUUAAAGCAGAAGAUAUAAUAAUAGGUAUUUAACUGACUUUGCAGAUAUGUGAAACAACCAAUAAGAUUGAAUUCAUUACUGUGUAUUUUCAAGGUUAUGUAGUUUUAACAGGUUUAUAUAACGGUUUCUGUCUUUCUGAAGCCUUUCUGAAGAAGUUGUACUGUUGAGUUCUGGAAAGGGUUUCUCUGGUGCGUUUUGUUAUAGACAAAAUUAUUUCACGGAAAAUGUGACACCCCAAAAUAUUUCAAUUUCACUGCAUUUGUGUGGGAGCUGGUAUGUCAUAUCAUCCUUUUAGCUUUUAUUAUCUUACUAAUCUAUCUACUGUGUGAAUGUGUGUGUGUGUAUGUGUGAGCGUACAUACGCACUUGACUGAAAAAUUAUACUGUAUGUGCCAUAAUGAGGACACCCUCCACCAUGGACUUUUGCACUGUUGAACGCUUAGGGCUAGAGCAAGCAUUUGUGCUGAUAACUGCGAUCAUUUAGAGUCCCUCUAAGGUACACGUUCAUAGAUAUUAAGCUUAAAAACGGUUUCUUCCUCCCUUUCUUAUGUGGCCAAUGUUGUAUUCCUGUGAAAUGUGAAUUACUUCUUUAUCACCUGUCUUUGAAAAUGUCUUACUCCUUUAACUUAUAUAUGUGUGUUAUUUAGAAAAGAAAACUAGGGGGCCUUUCACCUGACUUGCGGCACUAUUUUCCCAUGCAUUAUGUUCUAUGGAACAAAUAAAUGAAAAUUAAAACGUUAUAACGCAACAUUUUAAGGUAAACUAAUUGUGCUUUACCUCCAUUACAUUACUCGAGUGGUGUCAAGGAAAAAGCAUACAGUAUGUUUGUGGAUACAACAAGUUGUACAACACAAAAUCAUAUCAAAUUCAGAGCAAAACUGUUGAAUCUGUUUUAAGCUAACAUGUUUCGCUAACGUUAUUUGUUUGCUUUCGCGGUUGACCGUGUACACCAGAUUUCUUACUACCUAAAAAAAUCCACUUAAAGUCGCCUUUUUAUGACUCUGUCCAUGGUGUUUAAUGCUUGCAUUGAACAGUGUGUUAAAGUUCCGACGCAAGUCAUCUGAAAGGGUCUUCAGUUUCUGGCAACGUAUCGUGGCUCAAUGUUAAAAAAAGAGCCAGUGAACGCAGUCUGCAACGGCUAUUGUUCUCACGCUCAGGAAUUUCAGGGAGUACCUGAAAGAAGACUGAGACAUAUUAAUGCUUGUACUUGAACUUUAUGUAGCAACCUGGAACAUAUAAGACCCUUGUGAAGAGAGCAUUUGAUCCCAGCAACUAUCUGUGGACAAUGUAUGUUAAUCUGACAUUUUAAGAGUUGAUGAAAUGAUGGCGGGAUAUUGCACCACUAUCAUCACCGGACUCUGAAAAUGUAACGUCUACCUUGAUCAGCACUCACAACUAUAUAGAACGCCCAAAAGACAAACUUUCAGCACUAUCGAACUAUUCUGCCGUUUGACAGCUAAAACUUUGAACUUAUUUGCGAGCCAAGUGACACUUGAAACAUCAAACGAGAUGCACAUCGUUGGCACAAAACACUUUAACCUGAAUGUUUGUCUGGUUUGAUCAUACGUUUUCAGCUGAAUUGAAAAUCUAAUGAAUAGCUUUGUUUAUUUUUUGUUUUGCUUGUAUGUAGCUAUCAUAUAUCAGCAUAUAAAUCAGCAGCUGCAGCCAUUUCUUGUCAUCCACACAACCUUUAAAGUCAACAUUUAAUUGCAUUGAGACUUAUUUUACUUAAGUAAUGUGACAUGUUCAAGGAAUAUAAUAUUUUUUUUCUUUUAAAGUUGAACGGGACUUCAUUGGAUGUUUAAACAGGGGAAUACCAGCGCCCCCACUUCGAAGAACAUUUUUGUAGUGUUUUGUCAUUUUGAAGCCAGGUACUAUUUGCAAUUAUUGGAGUUAUUAAUCAUACAUUGACGUUAGCCAACUUUCAAUUGCCGUGUUAACUAUUAAUAAUGUAAGUCAUCAUAAGCUUACGCAAUGCAAAAAUAGCUAUUUUGAACCUGUUGCUAACAUUAACCAGCAGUCCUCGUAGCAUAAGUGACGACAACAAGAAAAGACAUUUCACAGGCACAUUAAGUCUAGAACUCAUAAUUUGAUUUCAUGUUGACUUUAAGCUUUAUUAGGCUGUAUUAAUAGUAAAAACCAUUGGUGUGUCAUAUAUAGCUGUGUGUCUACUUUUCUCUGUUUUCAUAUAUGAUAGGAUGUUUGUUUCAUAAUUAUAUUGCUGCUCUUUGAAGCUCCCGAUCUGAUCUUUU